AGGGCGCUCCUGGCCCUCUCUGCUCUCGUCUCGGCCGCUUUCCGUCCCCUCGUGCCGGUCUCUUGUCCUCCCUGGCCCCGGGACAGGCCCCUGUGCCCCCGCGGGUGAACCGUGUAACCAGCUGGACUGCAGUGCCCUCGGCUUUGUUCCGAGUUCUUGAAUCAGCAUUGGUUUGGUUGCUCCCGGUGUUGGCUUGGUUUCAUUACAGCAACUUCUAAAGCCCCUUCCUUCUCUGUGGCUUGCGCUGGUGAGCUCCUAAUUCGUCACUUUCCAGGUGACCGAAAGCUUCCUGAGUAAAGAAGUCAGCUAUGUGGUUUCCAGCAGCAAAGAGGCCAAACGAGACAAGGCCAGGACUCGAACUGAGAAGUGGAGCAACGUUGCCUCAGAGGGUGCAAAAGCUAAGAGCCCAGUGCCUUCUACCUCCAAAGGGAACCCUACCAGACCUCACCAGAAGCCACCAGACACCGCCCUGAUCAGCCGGGGAAAGGAACUGCUGCAGAAGGCCAUGAAGAAUCAGGACAGCUGCAGUGGCAACGGUAUCCUGGCCAAUGCUCGUUUGUGGGGAGUCCAGAUCUUGCACAUCGAUGAAAUGUUGUCAUAUGCUCAACAGCUGCUGCAUGCCAUCUCGGGAGCAAGGAAAUGGAGCCAGAAGACAGAGGCAAAAAGCCUUGCCUCUGGAUCAGAAGUUCGCAAAGGAAAAUUGAAGGCACCUUUUCUGAAGGUUGAAGACCAGAGCAGGCAAUUCCGACCCUUCCAUCACCAGUUCAAAAGCUUUCCUGACCUGAACUUCCUGGCACCUAAAAGCUCCAGCCCAUUUGAGCCUCUGAAAAGCCUCUUGAAUUCUUGCAGGGCCAGGGAUGUGGAGGGCUGUCCAGUGCGCAGCGACGGGGAGAAGAGCCCCCAGUCCACACCAGUCACUGUGCCAAAGAGGAAGAAGGGAUUUUGUGAGUGCUGCCAAGAGACCUUUGAAGAGUUGCAAAAGCAUCUCCAGAGCCCCCAGCACAAACAGUUUGCACGGGACGACUCUCAGUAUGCCCCUGUGGAUCACGUUAUUUCACAGCUCACCAACAACUUUGCAGAACAGUCGGCCAAGGUGCCAUGUUCGUGCCUGACAGAUGAACACUUAGUGCCUCAAGCACAAGUCACCAGAGGAAAUGAGAUGGUGACAGCAGAGCUGGGAAAGGAGAGACAGCAGGCUCCUGUGGAACUGUUUACUGAUGCAGAGGCUGAUCCUGGCCUGAAGAUGAAGGAACGCUCCACUCACCAGCCCAGUAACAGGGUUAGUAAUCUCAGAGAAGGAAGGGGAUUGUCUGAGAAGUGCUUUCUGGGGCUGCCUGCUGGAACAGGAUUCACCAGAGGGGUCUGUGCUGUGCAGGACACCACAGAGGGAUCUGUUGUGGUGGGGAGCACAAAUUCAGGGUUGGCUCCUAACCUGGGCCAGCAGACCCAUGUAGAGACUGCUCAGGUCAGAAAAACAAUUGCAUCUUCAUCUGAACCUCAUAAACAGCAAAUGCAGGAGAUGGCUGACAGGCCCAAGCAAGUACUGCCUGUCUCCAGGAAACGCCAGCUGCUCUCCAGACAGAGCACCCAUGUAGGAAAGAAGCCCAGACUGGAGCUGGAUGGUACCCCCUCUCGAUAUGAGCGGACAAGCCCAGUGGAUGGUGGGAUGGAUGUGCAGGAUGCAGGACAGAUAUCUGAGCUGGACUUGCUCAGUGUGGCACAGGCUGGCUGCUUGCCCUUAAGCACAGAGCUCUCCACCAGACCUCAUAGCUCCCCUGCUUUGGAGCUGUGCAUGUGUGGGGACCCUGGGGACCCUGCAACACAGCUGGCUUCCCUUGAAGCUGUCUCUGUGGGUUUUGAUCCCACAGAGACGCCUGCAGCAAGCACUGUCAGCCAGUAUGACUGGAGUAGAGUGAACACAAGUUCCCAUGGGAAGCAGCUCAGAGAGGAGGAUGGAAGUACUCCAGAUCAUGACCAUCCACACUUGAGGGUGUACAGGACCUCUACAGUGAGCAAGACCAGCUGUCCUGCUGGCCAGCUGCCCUCCCAAAACCUGCCUGUGGCUGAAGCCAGAUGUUGCCACUUGCUGUGUGUCAGAGCAGCAGAGAAAGUAGCCCCUGAACUACCUGACCUCCCAGGCCACAGCAAAGAGCUGACUCCUGGCCAUGGGCUCCCUCUGCCUCUUCCGCCCAACACGCAGGCUGACCUUGACUUCAGGACAGCUUUUUCUGAGUCAAACUGGGACAUCCAACUGUUCUCCACAUUAACAGGUGUCCGGGGCAAAAGGAUUCUGCCUGUGGACAGAGACUUGCUCCAAAGGACAUGUGUCAGUGUAAGGGACAGUGGGUAUGAGUCUCAGCUCCGCUCAGUUCUGAAGCGGAAGUCAGAGCUUGACUGGGCAGGCAAAGAUGACAAGAACUGCUGGAACUGCUGCACAGAGACCGAAGGAGCCUCUUUCCCCAUAUCUGAGACCUCUCUUGGCAGCUGGGCUAGUUAAAACCAGCUCCUGGCUGUUCUCUGGGCCCUUACUGGGAGCUGUGAAAUGGCUGGAAAGGGACUUGACAAACCACCCUCCCUGUCAGGGCUGGGAACAGUCAGGUCCAGGAGGUACAGCUGAGACCUGGAGUGAGGACAGUCAGGUGCAUGGUCUCCUCCAGUCACUGCAGACAGCUUGGGCUGAGCCUGAGGGUUGAGAUGUGCUGACACCUCACUGGUGUGAAGCAUGUUUGUCCAGUGCUGGUUUCCCUAGCCUCUGACAUCCAGGGGAGCAACUUUCCUCCAGAAAAUCAGGCAAGAAAAAUGCCAGCGGCUACAAGUCACAGCUCUGUUAGUGGCUAUGUUUCCCUAGAUCUGUGAGGUAAACAUACUGCAGCGGGGUGAAUUUGGAAACCAACUCUUGAUCCCAGCCUUGGCAGGAUGGGGUGAUAAAUGCUUCCUCCUUCUGCAGUCAUUCAAGGUCUGAAACUAUACAGCUCUCCUGUUGGGAACCAAUAGGUAAUCCAGUGAUUUAGCCACUCUGAUAGGGUCUGGGAUCUUUCCUCCUCUUUGGUAACGUUUAUACCUGGUAGCCUCAUUUAACUCCUCGCCAGGCUGCUGGC